AAAUCUUUUUUUCGAUAGGAAACAGUCCGGCAUUGUCUGAUCACCGAAAUUUCUCCGAUCUCCAACAACAAGAAGAAUGCGAACUGGACGACCUGUACGACUUUCGAUAUCUGAAAAGGGCCGUGGAAAUUUCGCUACGGAGGCUGGAACGUGCAGCUGCAAGCAGAUCACGGGAGGAGUUUAGGUUGGCUUUACCUUUGUUUACAGACCGUGUAAUGCUCUUGGUUAGACAUUGUAUUGAGGAUAUAGAUAAUAAUGUCACAGAAACGCCCCGGUUGUGAUUCUUUGUUAAAUAAGAAUAAAUCUAAAAAAUCCAACAACUCACCUUAUUCAAAUGAAACAAACAAUAACCCACAUUCAUUAAUCAGUGAACCAAGUACCUCAAACCUACAAACAAAUCAUGUAGAACACAACACAGCCCUGAACCCUUUUCUGUUAGAAAUGGUUAAUGAGAUUAAUGGUAGUAAUGAAAGGUUGACUUCUAAUAAUGAACACAGCUCUGAAAUUGUAUCUAAUCUAGAAAAUACAUCAGAAACACCAUACAAUUUGUUUUCGGGAUUAAGCGAAUGCUUAACCAACAUACAAAAUGCAUUAAUAGAACACAACACAGCUCUGAACCCUUUUCUGUUAGAAAUGGUAAAUGAGAUUAAUGAGGUUAACGAAAGAUUGGGGUCUAUUGAUGAACACAGGGAUCAUGAAUUAGCUUCUAAUCUUGAAAAUAUGUCAGAAAAUCUAUCCAUCAUUCAAACCGCUCUAACGCAGCACAACACAUGCACAGCUCUGAACCCUUUUCUAAUGGAAAUGAUAAAUGAGAUGAAUGAAAGCAUGACAGAACCACAACCUUGUGUCGCCACUGUACCAUCCCCUAUAAAUGAUUCGUUUGAAACAUCUCAGGAAUUAUUACAACAACUAAACCAGAGUCUCUUGAGAUUAAAUGAAAUUCUUGCAAACAUGGGUCAGGAUUCACACAAUUUACCAAGUAGUCCUGUUAACGAGAAUAUUUCAAAUAGCCCUUCUACAUCUACUGAUGAAAUGGAGGAUAUCGAUACACUCAACAGCUGUAAUGAGCAACAGCCGGAAAUACAUCAGAUGCCUAGUGUGAGUGAGGGAGAGCAAAUGGGAUUUGGGAGAGAUGAUCAACCCGGACAUGUUUUAGAUCCAAACAUAGUUAUAAAUCAUAUAGAUAACUUCAAUACAACAGAAAUUAGACGGAGGAUAAACUUUUCCUCAUUAGGAAACGUUGAUUCAUUUGGGGAUUUUUACAACUAUGUGUUGGAGGUUUUAAACCGCAUGCUUGAAGUUGGGAACGCUAAAGUAGGCCCACGUGACGUAGUUCAUGUUGAAAUACAAGGCGAAUCUCUCAAUGUUUCAUCGCGUGUUGAGGUAAUCAAUGGUAACAUAGAACUCGAUUCGAUUCUGACCAUGAUAGAAAAAUCGAUACAGAGUAGGUUUGAAAUACUUUCUGACGAAACUAUAGAACUGGUGAUUCGAAUUGUACAUGCACCACAUGGUGGUACACGCAAUAGUAUGUCCAAGAUGUUCAAUUCUGACGUUGUACAACAAAAAAUUAGACAUCUUUACGUUUUUGAUAACCGUGACAACCUUUGUUUUGCUUUAAGCGUUUCCAAAUUGCUGAAUCCGGAACAAAGUGAUUAUCAAAUAGAACAAAACGCGAGACAAUUACAAUCUGAUGUAGGAUUAUCUGUAAAUGAUACGGUUAGCUUUGCAGACAUUACACGAUUUGAGCAAAAGUUGAAUUGCAAAAUUGUAGUGUUGUUCCGAACCACCAAGGUCAAAAAAGGGUAUUCUUUUUUUCAGACUACCAAAACACCCCACAGCAAAACCUUGUUUCUGUUUUUGCACGAGAAUCAUUAUUAUGGAGUGAAAAACCUCAAAGCUGUACUAGGUACAACGUACGUAUGUUCAUACUGUUAUGCAGGAUUUAACAAUAAGAAACAUCAUAAAUGUGAUUACCACUGCAACGUGUGUCUCGACAGCGAAUGUCCCAAACGUGCUAAGCAAACUGUACAGUGCAAAGACUGUCUGAGGAUCUGUAGAUCCCAGUAUUGUUUUCAAAAGCAUAAAUCUCAGAAUGGUACGGAUGAAUCUUUGUGUAAAACUAGGUUCUACUGUACCGGGUGCAACACAUUGCAGGAUCGUGGUUCAAAAAAACACGAGUGUCGUAAAGCCCUAUGUAGACACUGCGGCGCUAAAAUUGAGUCUAACUUUGAUCAUCAAUGUUUUAUGCAACCUUUAAAACGAGAACAGUCGGAUGAAAAGUACAUCUUUUAUGAUUUUGAAUCUAAUCAGGAGACGGGCUACCACAUAGCAAACUAUAUAUGUUGCAUUGAUUUUAAAGGUAAUGUUUGGUCUGCUGAAGGUACCGAUUGUGUUUCCGCAUUUUUCAAAAAGUUUCGGAGGAACAAAUACAAAGGUUAUACUUUUAUAGCCCACAACGCUAGAGGGUACGAUUCCUACAUACUGUUGAACCGUUUAGUCGUAGAAGGUGUUACGCCUUGCCUCAUAGCACAAGGCGGUAAAAUCUUGUGCUUUGAAGAUAAAAAGUUUGAUCAGAGAUACAUCGACAGUCUCUCGUUUCUGCCCAUGAAACUUAGCGCAAUUCCCAAGGCUAUGGGAUUCACGGCUGAAAAAAAGGGGUAUUUUCCGCAUUUCUGGAAUAUCCAAAAAAAUCAAAACUAUGUAGGUCCAUAUCCACAUCCCGAGUUUUACGGUGUAGAUAGCAUGAUGUCAAAAGAGAGAGAUGAAUUUUUUGAGUGGUACAAAACACUCGACGGAAAGGUCUUUGACUUUAAGCAAGAGUUGGUUGCUUAUUGUCAAAAUGAUGUUCGCAUACUCAGAAUGGGGUGCAUGGCUUUCAGGAAUGAGAUACUGAGUAGCACGGGUGUAGAUCCGUUCAAGUGCAUCACCAUAGCUAGCGUAUGUUUGAAAAUCUUUAGAACCAACUUCCUGCCUGAGAACAUGUUAACCAUUCCGCCUCUGGACAAUUACAUCAAUAGGCAGAAAUCAUUCUCCACGCCCGCAAUACAAUGGCUUGAAUACAUCUCUGGCAGAGACAAUAUACCCAUUCAGCAUGCCCUUAAUGAAGGCGAGGUAAAGAUUGGCAACUACUUUGUAGACGGUUACUUUGAAGAUGGUGGUGUCCGAAAAGCUUUUGAGUUUCUCGGAUGUUUUUAUCACGGAUGUGACAAAUGCUUCCCUUCAAACCUGACUCAUCCUCUAAGUAAGACUUACCAAACCUUUGGUGAAAUUUUGCAGCAGUCUUUGGAAAAGAUUCAGAUUUUACAAAACACUCACAACUUGCACGUCACAGUAAUAUGGGAACAUACAUGGAAUGAGAUGAAAAGAUCAAAUCAUGAUGUUAAAAAAUUUCUUGAUCACUUUGACUUUCCUGAGCGAAUGAACCCGCGAGACGCUCUGUUUGGCGGUCGUACAAAUGCGUUGCAUUUACACUAUGUGGCUCAACCCGGUGAGAGAAUAGAUUACUAUGAUUUCACAUCUCUCUAUCCAUACGUAAACAAGACAAAGAGGUACCCCGUAGGUCACCCCACUAUCAUCUUUCGCAACUUUAAGCCGUUGAAAGAUUAUUUCGGUCUCAUGAGACUAAAAAUCUUACCUCCCAAAGGAUUAUGGGCUCCUGUUCUUCCUUUUAGAGUGAAAAGCAAGCUCCUGUUUCCUUUGUGUAGAAUGUGUGCUGAACUACAACAGCAAAUUUGUAACCACACGGACGAGGAGAGGGCUCUGACUGGAACUUGGGCUAGCAUAGAGGUUUUGAAGGCUCUUGAGAAAGGUUACCGAGUGCUGAAGGUUUUCGAAAUCUGGCACUUUCCUAACCAGACGGAUGAGUUGUUUGCAGAUUACAUUAAAAUGUUUCUAAAAACAAAACAGGAAAGCUCAGGGUACCCCUCUUGGGUAGUUGAUGAGGUUGGCAAAAAAGAAUACGUUGAAAAGUACCGCGAGAAUGAAGGCAUAGAACUUGAUCCUUCACACAUAGUUGUAAAUCCUGCCAAGAGAUCUGUAGCAAAACUGGCUUUAAAUUCCUUGUGGGGAAAGAUGUGUCAGAGAUCCGACAGGUCAAACACGACUCUAAUCCAAGACCCUAGCGAGUUUUUACAAUACAUGUUUUCUGACGUGUAUGAUGUAAGUCAUUUCUCAUUUUUGAACAAGGAUGUGGCGAUGGUUCAGUGGCGAUACAGUGAUGAGAGGUUUCUGAAACCGGGUAAUGCUAACGUUUUUAUAGGAAUUUUUACCACAGCGUACGCUAGACUUGAACUGUACAACCUGAUGGAUCGACUCCAACAGAGGUGUCUCUAUACGGACACAGACUCUGUGAUUUUCAAAAGUCAACAGGGUGAUUGGAUGCCGCCUCUAGGCGAUUACUUGGGGGGUCUGACGAGUGAAUUGGAUGCCGGUGAUCAAAUUGUAGAAUUUGUUAGCGGGGGACCAAAAACCUACGGGUAUCGCACUCUCAAAGGAAAGAGUGUGAUGAAGGUCAAAGGUAUAACGUUAAACUAUACCAAUGCUCAAUAUGUAAAUUUGAAAUCGUUGUCAAAUCUGGCAGCAGAAUACGCUUGUCAUACACAACUCUGA